CUAAACGUCCAGACUAUUAAAACAAAGCUGCAUUUCUAGAAACACAAGAGUUUAACUGAAAAGCACUGACAGACUGUCUUUAUACAUCAUUUUCUGGUUCUUGUACGUCAGUUACACCUGCGACUAUAAGAGUAAUGAUGAGGGUCAAAAAAUUGCUGCAGUUUUUCCAGCGCACUUUCCUCUUGUUGUUCUUGGCAUUAGUGAUGUUAACUAUCAUCCAGAUAGUCAUCCAGAGAGAAAACAUCAGGCCACUACAGAUGCGUUCGGAGCUCCGUACAGGUGAGGGCCCCAAUCCCAUUUCUGUGAACCUCUGGAACAAGAGUAUGGAAAGACCAGCAGUGCCCACAUCCUGGGAUGUCAUCAGAUCCAACUGCAGUGCCAACCCUAAUUUCACAUCCCAAGAGUGGUUCACGAAUCUUGAAUCCAAUUUCCAGCAAUUUAUGCUUUACAGGCAUUGCCGAUACUUUCCUAUUCUUAUAAAUCAUCCGGAGAAGUGUGCUGGAGACAUCGACUUGUUGAUCGUCAUCAAGUCGGUGAUAACGCAACAUGACCGGAGAGAGGUGAUAAGGCAAACGUGGGGCAAAGAGCAGACGGUAGACGGGAAAAGGAUCAAAACCGUUUUUCUUCUCGGGGUGUCUUCCAAUCAAGAAGAGAGAGCCAACCAUCAAAAACUUCUGGAAUAUGAGGAUCAAAUUUAUGGGGACAUCCUCCAGUGGGACUUCAUGGAUAGUUUCUUCAACCUCACCCUAAAGGAGAUUCACUUCUUGAAAUGGUUCUCCAUGUACUGCAGAAAUGCCCGGCACAUCUUCAAAGGAGACGACGACGUGUUUGUCAGCAUUUCCAACAUCUUUGAAUAUCUGGAGGGAAGCAAAAACGUGAAAGACCUCUUUGUCGGUGAUGUUCUCUUUAGUGCCAAGCCCAUUCACAACAAGAAUAGCAAGUAUUACAUUCCCCAAGUCUUGUAUCAAAAGAAAAGCUACCCGCCGUAUGCUAGUGGAGGAGGUUUCCUGAUGGAUGGCCCCCUUGCACGUAAACUUUACAAAGCAUGUGAAACUGUUGAACUUUAUCCCAUCGACGAUGUGUUUCUUGGGAUGUGUCUAGAAGUGCUUAAGGUAACCCCAAUUCACCACAAUGCUUUCAAAACUUUUGGGAUUGUAAGCAAGGAAACUAGUCAGAUGAAUCGGGAUCCGUGCUUUUAUAGGAACUUGAUAGUGGUACAUAAAUUGCUUCCACCCGAUCUGAUCAACAUGUGGAAGAUGGUCAAUAAUGACUCAAUAGAUUGUUCACUGCAAAAUAAUUUCUUAAAGUCACAAGAUAUGUUCUGGCAGAAGAAAGAAUAUUCAACGAAAAUAUAAAUAUAGUUAAUUAAAUACAAAAAACAGAUGUCUGGACAACUUAAUUUAUGUAGCUAAUGAAGAAUUUUGUCAUUAGCACAAUCAAUGGACAUUUUUCAACAAACUUGGGAGUUAAAUACAACAUACUUAAGAAUGGUUUUAUGAAUCAUCAAUGAGAUUGGUUCUGCUCUAAUUACAUGAAUGUGAUCCAAUGAUGUAUGUUUAAUGAAUAUACUUGAUGUGUUGAAGGCACUGCAAGUUAGUGCAAGUCAUGCACCAAAAGAAUGUAAAUGUCAGGAGGAAACUCGCUGUCAGUCUGCCCCUCUGUGGAUGAACGUUACCAUCACAGGUGUUUUUAAAGUUCAUAAAAUAAAACAUAUUGUUAGUGUGGCAAUAAAGUCAUCAAUUACAAUGACAUAUAGUUGAAUGAUAACAGAACCUUGCAUGUGGUAACACUUGGUAGAUGUCAAUGCUAAAUUAAUUUAUCCUUUCUAUAUUUUGUAUAUAUCUUCUGAUGUUUUAGUUCGAAAGCAACGUACAAAGUUACAGAUGUUUUAUUAAGUAUUUCAUGCUGCAUAUUUGGUAAUUAUUUAUUUUUAUUUUUCCUUUCUUGUAACUUUAUAAUAAUGCUUCAGUUUGGGAGUCCCUACAAUAUAUUUACAGGUCAAGAUUCUGUAUUUUGACUCAUUAUAUAUGCAAUGUGACAUAAAAAAAGUUUUAUAAAAAUAACAUUCAAUCUACUGUCCAAUGACCCUUUGAAACAAAAGCAAUGGACACAAGUAUCUACAGGUUUAAACAACAUUAGGCUGAGAAAAUGAUGAAAAUGAUUAUUUUUGUGGGGGGUAAACUAUUGCUUUUUAUACAUUCUGACUUAUUAACACGGUUAAAGAGUUGUAAUCGUCAUGCUAAAAAUGCAAAGUGUCAAAAAAGCAGUUGAGCUUGUGAUGGAGUUUCGGAAAGUUUUUUCCUUAUCUACGUUACGUAUCAUAGACGUUACAUAUCGUUGAUCUUUUAUGGGCACUUCCUGAUCUGAUCUGUCUUUUAUAAAUAAAACUUAAAGACUCUUUAGAGAUAUAAAGAAUGGAAUACUACUCUAUAGGUAUUCAAGAAUAACAUGAGAUGAGCAGAAACUGUGUGUGUUAUGGGAGCUUUAAGUUUAAUGAAGUAUACUAUUGAAGUGGAUCAAAAACGUUUAUCAAAGUUGUCCUAAGACAAGAACGGGUAUUGGCUAUUGGUUUUAAGACAACUUUUAGUAAAGGUUUUGAUCCACUUCAAAUGUUGACUAGUGUAAAUUAGGAGAUCCUAAAGCACAUAAAUCUCACAUUUUUACGAUAUUUUUGAAGCGAAUUUUUGUUUAAACUUGAGUCAGCUGUUUAUAAGAGAGAACACAUUUAUAAAUGCAAUUUCUUAUUGUAAAACAUCUUUUUUCGUUGUUAUGUUACACAUAUUUUAUUAAAGUAUUGGAUUAUAUGUAUUUAUUUUUUUAAAUGUGUCACAGAAUAAAAGACAAAUAUGUC